AUGUUCUGCAGAAUCACUAAACUUGCCAAGGCAAGUGGUACACCAUACGCACGCGGUACACCACGCAGACCAUUCCAGAAACGUCUAUGCUGUUUUGGGCGUAAGAAAGCGUUUCUUUUGAAACAGUUUAAAAGCGAAGCGUCGGAAGAAGUAAUUCGAGAAAGCGAGGGACCUCUGCCAGUCGAAGAAUACUGCACCACAUAUGACGGGACUUAUCAUAUUCCCGGCUUUCGCAAUGAAAAUAAAUCCUACGAGAAGAGAACAGAGUCUAAUUCAGAACAUGUUUUGGGCGGCGCAGAAGAGAGAUCUCAAAUUAUGGUGAUGCGCAGAGCUGUGCGGUACUCGAGUACAAGUACUCAAACACUGUACUCCAAGUACUUUCAGUGUACUCGGUACUCAAUUGCAAAAAUGUACUCGAGUACUUUCCCGUGUACUCGAGUACUUUCCCGUGUACUCGAGUACUUUCCCGUGUACUCGAGUACUUUCCCGUGUACUCGAGUACUUUCCCGUGUACUCGAGUACUUUCCCGUGUACUCGAGUACUUUUACGUGUCCUCGAGUACAUCCAAAGUAUGCAAUGAGUACAUUUUUAUGCAGUGAGACUUGUCAAAUUACGGACAUGCUGCCUGAGGCAGCAUCAGCUAGCUUGACUCACACGACAGCCUUAAAACAGCCUCAAUCAAUAAAUAAAAAGACACAAAAAGGAGCAUUGAACAAAAGGUUUUUACUUAUGUAUGAAAUGUAA